AUGCGAGUUUGUCACCCCGGCACAUGGCUCGUCGCAGGACUUGCCGCCUGUGGCGUCUAUGUCACGGGAAACGAUGCCAUUGAGAAAAAGGUUGAGGCCUCAAUCGAUGGUUCCGUUGGGGAUAAGGUCCUCGCAUCGAUGCCAAUUGAUUCGCUCCUCGAGGUUCAUGAGAUCACAGUGACUGUCGAAGAUGUUCCUGAUAAGCCUAGUCCCAGGCACGAGCAGGAGAAGAAGAACCUCCUCAAGCGGAUGAGCAAGUCCCACGGCAAAUGGGACACGAACCACCCUCAUCACCGCCUGUUGGAGGCUCUGUUCGGUUAUACCCGAUACAAGCCCCGCCAGAUGGCCGAGUUGGACAGGUACAAAGAUUUGUAUAAAUAUGUUUCCUCUGCCCAGAAGAAGGUGCUUGAGAAGACCAUUGGGUACUCAUCAAAGUUUGAAACUGCAGAGCAGUUACUUGACCUGAACCAAGAUUUAUGCAAUGAAAUCGUGGAAAAUGCCCUCGAAUACUACGGCAUCUCUCACAAAGACCUUGCGGUACACAGCAAGUUGAAGGAUGAGGCUGGCCAAUUGGCAGAUAGAGUCAGCGUCUCGCAAGCCUUGAAGCAUUUCGUCAGGGAUUGGUCCACCUCUGGCCGUGGAGAGAGAGAUGAUGCGUUUCCCUGCAUCCUUAGUACGAUGGAGUCUCUUUACCCCGAGCGUGCUGAGAAAGACAUCAAAGUCCUCUUCCCAGGUGCUGGCCUUGGAAGACUGGGCCACGAAGUUGCCGCUCUGGGCGGCUUCGAGGUAACGAUUAACGAGUGGUCGAUGUUCAUGAACCUAGCCUACCGGUUCCUCGAAAGCCACCCAAGACCCGGAUCCAAAGCGCUGCAUCCCUUCGUCGACAGCUGGUCUCACCACGCAACCACAGCUGACAUGUUCCGUGGCGUCUCCUUUCCGGAUAAGCGGGUGAAUGCGAGCUCUGUGCUGCUGGUCGAGGGUGACUUCGUAUCCAUUUUCAAGUCUGAGAAAGGACAGUACGACUCUGUUGUCACGCAUUUCUUUAUCGACACCGCAAGAAACAUCAUGAGCUAUCUGGACACCAUCCACUCGUUACUCAAGCCGGGUGGCUACUGGGUCAACUUCGGCCCUUUGCUGUGGGGUACCGGGCCGUUCGUGCAACUUUCUCUGGAAGAGAUUGUUGUCAUUGCCAAGAGCAUGGGUUUCGAAUUUGUGGAAGUUGACGAGUCGUGCGGAGAGGUGACGUUGGAAGGCGAGAAGGUCAGGGGGAAGCAGGCUGUGUAUGGCUUUAACGAUAAGGCUCUGACCAGGAAUGCGUACUCCGCGCAGUUCUGGGUCGCAAAGAAGGUUCGAUAG